AUGUCUUCUCGUCCUACUCCCGCGAACGGUCGGUCCGGCGUCCCUCCGAGCAGCUCUACCGUUAGAGCAAAGUCCGGACAGGAAACCAAGCCACAGUCAACCACACCAGGCAAGGCGCCCGUUAGACAGCCACCCCUGAAGCAAGGACAAGCAAGCGGCCGCCCAGCGCCCAGCAAAUCCAACACAGCAAGCACCACGAGCACCACGAGCACCACGAGCACCUCGGUCAAGCACAACACGUACAUACCCAAAGAGCGUAUAGCCAAGCUCAGCGGAGAGGGGGAUGACAGGGCGCGUCGGGAGGCCUCUAUUGAGGAUGCAUUGAACAAGUACAAGAGAGCGGUUGUGGCAGAAGGUAAGGCCAAGAAGGCCUACACGGAUCACGUAUCUAUUGUUGAAAACGACCCGAAUAUCUGCGGUACGGACUAUUACAGAGGGGGGUUGAUCGCCGGAGAGCUCGGGACUGAAUGGGAAAAGGCUGCACACAGUGCUGCUCUUGCACAUGAGGCAUUCAAGCGCGCAGCGGCGCACAAUUACUUCUGCUCACACGCCACCCUGACGAACGUAGGGGACCUAGGCACGAAGGCCGGCCAGGUAGAGACCGCCCUCGAGCGGCACUUUGCUUUGGCCAACAAAUGGGGAUGCGUCCUGCUCCUCGACGAGGCGGACGUGUUCCUCGCCGAGCGGUCACCACAAGACUUUGAACGCAACAGCUUGGUAGCGGUAUUCCUGAGAGUGUUCGAGUUCUACGCCGGCGUUCUCUUCCUGACCACCAAUCGCGACGGCGCUUGCUCUGGCCGAGUUCAAGGCGUAGCGCGGAGCGCUGAAUAG